CCGUUCGCUAAGACGCACGCAGUAGGUGCUGUUUGAAAACGCUACGCGUAUCGAAGGAUUUUCCACAAAGCAAACCGCGCGUGCGUAUGUUUGUCUGUGCCCGAAUCCUCGACGGUCGAAUAGUUUGUUGUUUGGCGAGUGCAGUGUGCAUGUGGCGUGUAGUCUUCCCCUGUGCCAGUACGUUUGGUAAAAGGUGCAUUUUUCCAUAUGUGAAAUGUGAAACUCCAUGUGUUGCGCAGUGAAGAUAAACCGGCCAGAAAACGGAGACGCAGCAGACGGAGAAGAAAGAUUUGAAAAAAAAAGAAACACGCAGAAGAAAAAUAUUUCAAAAAGAAGAGAUGAAAAGAAAAGCCUUUUCGGUGAUCAUGUGUUGCAGGGGUUUAUCUUAAUGCAAGUGACUACAAAUUUGGAAUUCAAAAAAGUUAUCGAUAUCACCAACAGUGAACAGCGUGUUGUUGGAUGAUCAAGUGUCGAAUAAAAAGUGCGAAUUUAAUUGAAAGGCAGAAAAUAAUGUGUUGUAAAGUGUAAAAAAUAAACAAAAAAAUAGAUUCAACAACAACAGCGAAACGAACCGAAACGAGUAAGCGAGAAAGAAAGCAACAACAAAAAAACCACGGAAUAGUAUCGGAUCGAUUGUCAUUCGAUCUGCGAUAUUUGUCCUUUGCGUUCGAAGUGUUCGGUAUCAUCGCGAAUACCACCGAAAAGAAAGGUGUGUAUCAAGUGUAAUGCCGCAAAACGUAGCUGUUGGAACGGAGAAUUAAGCGACAAAACAAGAACGAUUUUACCAAGCUGACAAACGGACAAAUUGGAUUACGCAAACGGGUCACACACGACACACGGUAGGAAGCUGUCAACACAACAAUCAGAAACGCAUCCCACAAACGUUGGCGGUGGUGUAAGUCCCUCGCUCACGAAACGGCCAUGCUGCUGACCAGGUUCAAGGUGGAUGAGUGUGUGAAACCGUGCGUCAUCGAAUCGUGUGGCGAACGAUCGACGAUCGCGUAAAACAACCGGGUGAAAAGGACCAGUAGUGCUGCUAGACCAAUUACCAGAAGAAGAUUGUGCAAAUUGAUCACAUGUGAAGGGUUGUUGUGCUGUUGAUGCUACAGAGUUGCUUCAUAAAUAUGGCUCCGAACGGUGUACGCUGGUGGUGUAUAGUGGCAGUCCUCGUAAGCCUAUGUGUUGGGCAUAGCACACCGUACAAACUAUCACAGUCCGAUCCGGACACAAUACGGAUCAAUUUAGGCAAUAAAAAGCUCGUGAAGGAAACGGUCCCACUCUAUGCCAAGCUGAUCAUCAAGUGCAAUUUCGACAGUCCCACGUGGUAUAGGAAUGGUAAACUGAUUGCGGUGGAUCAUAAGCGUGCGAAAUCACUGCGUUUUGAGCAAGUUCGCAAAACUGAUGCCGGUUACUAUUCCUGCGGUUCCGAAUUUAACGAAUGGUCCAACCUGACACUGUCCGUGUUCAGUCAGGAAACGGACCAAUACCAAAGCGACGGUGCCGGAAUGGCAAAUCUGGAACGCAAAAGUUUACAUGCCACAUCAGCCGGUCCCGCGCCCGGUAGUGUUAAGCCUCUGGACAUACUGGACAACGAGCUGAAGGAGGGCCCUCCACGCAUACUUGGUACGCAGGACGACGCAUACCCGAGUUCGGUUGUUCGCGAGGUGGGUGAAGAUUAUCGAUUAAAGUGUGACGCGAUCGGUCACCCAAUACCGCACAUAAGCUGGCAAAAGGAUGGCCAAGAAUAUCGGGACAACUCGUACAAAUCGACCAUAGUCUUCAAGCAGCUGAUGCCGACGGACGCCGGAACAUACGUGUGCGUGGUGUGCAACGUGUACGGGUGUGUAAAUUCAACAACCGAGCUGGAGGUGGUAGAAUCGGGAGAGCUCGAACCAACUUACAUUCAGCACAACACGAUGGAAAGCCAUUCCCAGCUGCAGGGAGAUUUUCGACCGGGUCCGGCCCAAGAUACGGUGAUGGUGCGUGCGAUGGGCCGCUACUACCCGGUCGCCACCGAGAAACGAAUGCUCCAGCCGGAAGAGGACGCGGAAGAGGAAGAUGAGGACGACGAGGGAGAAGAUCCGUCCAAUGGAACCGGUGUGCAUGGUGCGGACACGACGGAGGAUAGUGCCGGUGCAGUAAAUGGAUCCGGUACGCCACCGCCGGACCGUUGGCCCGAGUUCAUGAAGAAGGAACACAUGCCGAAGAUUGUGUCGAAGCCGUCCGGCAACAUGGUACGGCUGCGGUGUCCUGCCGACGGGUACCCGAAACCAAACAUCACCUGGACGAAGGAUGGGCGCGACAUCGAACGUACCAUGGGGCAGGUGAAGAAGGUUAACUGGGCAAUCGUGCUGGAGGAUCUGGUGCCGCAGGAUUCGGGCAUUUACACCUGCACCGUGUGCAACCGGCUGGGAUGUUCCGACUUCACUACCAAGCUUGAAGUGAAAGAUCGCUUCCCAGCUCGUCCACUUUUUACGGAACGUCCGAAGAAUGUGACCACACUGGUCAACACCACCGCCAUCUUCCGCUGUCCCACCCUGUCCGAACUGGAGCCACACAUUGAGUGGGUGAAGCUACGAAUAGUCGAGUUGGAAAAUGUAUCCAUACCGGAAAAUCUUAAACUGAAGCGUGAUCCGGAUAAUCCUGAAGUUUUGACGUUGGAAAACGUAACCCAUGCGGACGAAGGUUGGUACACGUGCAUUGCAGCCAACAGCCUGGGUGCAUCGUACGAGAGUGCGUAUCUGCAGGUGUUGGACGAACUGCCCCCGGAUGAUACCCCGACCGCACAUCCGGUCAGAACACAUUCGACGCUGAUCAUGGGCAUGACGUUCUUUCUGUGCGUCUGUUUCGUGGUGCUGGCCGGCGUGGUAAUCAUAGUCUGCAAAAAGCUAAAGCGCGAAAAGAUGAAGCACCGCGCCAUGGAACACGUUAACCAGUGGACGAAGAAGGUGAUCGUGUUGAAGCAACCGAUCGUCGAGAGUAGCAUACCGGGCAUGUCAGAGGCAUUGCAAAUGCCAAUUGUUCGCAUCGAGAAACAACGGUCGACGCUGGUGCAAAGUGGAAACUGUGAUCCAACCAUGAUCUCGGAGUACGAGUUUCCGAUUGAUCUGAAUUGGGAGUUUCCUCGCAACAAGCUACAUCUGGGCAAGAGCCUCGGCGAGGGAAUGUUUGGAAAGGUCGUCAUGGCGGAAGCGCACGGGCUUGUCAAAGGUCAUCCAUCAACCGUGGUUGCCGUUAAGAUGCUAAAGGAGGGACAUACGGAUGCCGAUGUCAAGGAUCUCGUGUGUGAAAUGGAGGUGAUGAAGAUGAUUGGAAAGCAUGUGAAUAUCAUCAAUCUGCUGGGCUGUUGCUGCAAGGAUGGUCCAUUGUACGUGAUCGUUGAGUAUGCACCGCACGGCAACCUGAAGAACUUUCUGCGAAGUCAUCGCUUUGGAUCGAACUACGAGGCCACCAAUGAGAAGGAAAAGAAAAUUCUCACUCAAAAGGAGCUUAUCUCGUUCGCGUAUCAGAUAGCACGUGGCAUGGAACAUUUGGCUUCGAGAAGGUGCAUCCAUCGAGAUCUGGCGGCCCGAAAUAUCUUGGUAAGCGACAACUACGUGAUGAAGAUAGCCGACUUUGGAUUAGCCAGAGAUAUCCACGAUCAGGAAUAUUACCGAAAGACGACCACUGGCAAACUACCGAUCCGAUGGAUGGCACCGGAAUCUCUGGAAGAAAAGUUCUACGACUCACAAAGCGAUGUAUGGUCUUUUGGCGUUCUUUUGUGGGAAAUAAUGACACUGGGAGGAAACCCCUACCCAUCAAUUCCAACGUGGGACAACCUGCUGGAACAUUUGAAAAAAGGCAAACGGAUGGAAAAACCUCCGCUAUGUUCGAUUGAAAUAUACCUGUUUAUGCGAGAGUGUUGGCAUUAUCGACCAGAAGAACGGCCUACGUUUAGUGAAAUCGUGCAACACCUGGAUCGGCUUGUGAGCAUAACGUCCAACGAAGAAUACCUAGACCUAGGGCUACCGCAGCUAGAAACUCCGCCAUCUAGCGACGAUAGUGACGACGAAGAGGACGAGGAAGAUUGUGACGAUCAAGCGGGCACGGAACACGAACGUGUACACAUGUAUCGAUUUAAUAGAAGCUACAACAACGACUGUAUCUACUAACCAUUGUGCCAUGCAGAACGGGUAGAGUUCUUUAGGAUGAGUCUCGUUAUGAGCAAUCUCAAUGUAGAUUAUUUAUUGUAAAGCGUUGCGUGAAUGUGAAUGAAUGUUUGAGUAUCUAGCAUUGCUUUGGGGCAGAGUUUUAAAGUAGUUCUAAAUAGUUGAAUACCGGACGGUGGUAACAAGAUAAGGCAACGGCUACAGCUGCCCAGAAGCGUGAGGAGUCGGAAGGCUACACUUCGGGAUCACGAACUCUGAUUUUGGAAGCGAAAACAAAACACGUGGCAAUAUGUGGCUCGUAAAUCGCCGAUCACCUUCAAGGAAGAUAGUCUUCAUCUUGGAGGCAGACAUACCAACUACAGAGAAACUAUGGGGUGCAUUUGCUUCAAGUUGCGAUAGAGAUAUCCAGUGUAGAUUAACAUAACAUCUUUAGAACCAUUUGCAAGUAAAAGGGUUGGUUUUCGUCGUCCUACUAAAUUUAUAUUGCAAAUACAACCGUCGAACAGCAAUGAAAUUGAGUACCCAAUGCGGAUGUCACACGUGUCGUAUGCUUAUAGACGUUAAGUUUGAACAAGACUGUAUUUAUUUGAUGUAAUUAAGAGCAGCUUAGCCGGUAAUUAAACACAAAUCUAAGGAGGGAAAACUAGUCAAUAACUGCGGAUCCUUUCGAGCAGCAUAUCCAAAUCUUAUUGCGUAAUACCAAUACCAUGACCACAUUGAGGCCAUUACAUGUUUAUUCAUUUGAUAUGUCGAAGAUUGCUUUUCGGCUCAUUAUUUGAACGCCAAAGCAAUCCCAAUCCGAGUUUAGUAGUAACGUAAUGACGUGUAAUUUGAGGUAAGUUAGAUUAAGUCACAAUUUUUCAACGAUGUCUACGUCGAAUCGGGUUUAGUUUGAUGAAAGUGUAACCGUUUGUGGAAGAACAGAUAUAGUGAAAUGUAGGCGGCAUAGGUCAAUUCUAUAGGACACCCCAUGGAGGUCACAAGCAUACGUAAGAGUAGGGAGCUUGGGAGCGAGUUCAACGAGUAUUAUUGUACAUAGACUGUAUGAACACAACAAUCAAAUCAGGCAAGGAAUUGUAAAAAUAAA